UUAUACGCUUCACACUAUGCGGCGCUCAUUGCGAAGCACGCGACAGUCAGUCUCGAUAUUGGCGGACGAGGCUAAUACACCAAAAUUAUUAUCUGCUACAAAAGAUGAAGAGCUGCUGAAAACUAAUAGUCCUUCCCGAAAAACUAGGAUUAGGAAGAGGACCGCCCAGCAUCAGAGCGAUGAAGAAUUCGUUGAAGAUAGCCCAGCAGAAGCACCGCGUGUCAAGAGGCAAAAGGUAAGGGCGCGUUCUAGUAAAAAGAAUGGAGAUGCUACCGCUCAGCUACAUGCGUGCCUCUUCGGCAAACCGAACAUGGCCUUAAACGGCUCUACUGCGGAAAGUGAUGGUGAUGGUAUCAACCUCCCUAAUCGUGCCCACGGACUAUGUUAUCACCGUCCUUUACUCCUAGACAACCGUCAGGCUCGCACAUCUCUACUCACCUGGUUCGAUGGCGUGAGCUCUUCGCGCGAGAUGCCCUGGCGCAAACCCUGGACAGACCCAAGUACCACUACUCUCGAGGAAGUCGAGCGCCGCGCGUACCAGGUCUGGAUCAGCGAGAUCAUGCUCCAGCAGACGCGCGUCGCCACCGUCGUCGACUAUUGGAACCGCUGGAUGGAACGAUGGCCCACGAUCCAAGACUUGGCGGCGGCGGAGCAGGACGAAGUGCUUUCGGCCUGGCGUGGGCUCGGAUACUAUAGCCGUGCUACGAGAAUCCACAACGCGGCGAGGAUCGUGUGUAAGGAUUCUGGUAUGAAGGGCUUGUUGCCGGCAGAUGUAGGCGAGCUGGUUGCAAAAGUGCCCGGCGUCGGGAGGUACACAGCGGGGGCUAUCUCAGCGAUUGUCUUUGGGAGGGCAGCGCCGAUGGUGGAUGGGAACGUGCUGCGUGUGCUCAGUCGGCAACUUGGCGUGUUUGGGGAUGUUAAGGCGGAUAAGGCAGUUAUUGAGCUGCUGUGGGCGGCGGCUGACAGCCUGGUUAAGGCUAUUGCAGGAGAUGACCCAGAAGACCCAGAAGACCCAGAAGAUGGGGGUGAUGUUGAUUCCAAUGCUACUACUAAGAGGGAAGAAGACGAGGAAGCGGCACCGAGUAAUAGGCCUGGUCGCUGGGGUCAAGCGUUGAUGGAACUCGGCAGCACGAUAUGUGCACCAAAGCCCAACUGCGCAGUAUGUCCCAUUACAUCGAGCUGUCGCGCGUACGACGAGGGUAUUCGGUUAGCUACUAAAAGGGGUUUGGUAUCCAAGCCUACGGCGCCGAGUCAUGCUACUCUUGAUAUUGAAGAUGCUUGCAUACUUUGCAAACCGUUCGAAGAGUAUGUAGAGGAAGACAGCAACGACAACGAACAGAACGUAAAGACGGAGGAGGUGUCGAAGCAGCAGAGGUCUAAAUCUCGCACACAGACUACGUUGCGAUCGUUCGCAUUCACACAAGUCACGUCCAAACGGAAAAUUACAUCUAGUCCUGAGCCGCCGCCAUCUCCGGCUCUCAGUAGUGCCGCGGUAGAAGCCGUCGUAAGCCACGCAAGAAAGUUCCCACUCAAGACGGUCAAGAAAGCCGUGCGCGAAGAGGAAACUCUGGUCUGUGCUAUCCGGCGCAGCGAUGGUCGGUAUUUGAUUCAUAAGAGGCCUGAGAAGGGGCUCUUAGCUGGGCUGUGGGAGCUGCCGAGUUAUAUUGUGAAGGAUCCGCAAGGAGGGUCGGCAAAAACUAGGAAGAGGGAUGCGGAGAAGUUUGUUCGGGGGUUGAUUAGUGAGAGUGUGAAGGCAAGGAAGAGGAAGGUCGUGGUGAAGCAUGUAGAUGAGUUGGGAUCCGUACCGUGGCUGUUUUCGCAUUUGAAGUUGACGAUGCAUGUUCAUCUGUUUGAACUUGAGGAUGAGGGUGAGGAUAGUGAUGAAGAGGGGCCCAAAGAAGAUAGAGAGACGCGGAGCCGGUGGAGCGAUGUUGAAGCUCUUGAUGCGGAGUCGAUGGGGACGGGUAUGCGGAAGUGUUGGGCGUUGGUUAAGGAGGUUGAUUAGGGGGUUGAAGAAUACCAAAGUCUAAUAGGAACAUAACCAAUAUACGUCAAACAGUAAAAUGUUUUAAUUGAAAAUACCUAGCCC